AUGGGCAAGCUCACCGUCUUCGGGUAUCUUUGCGAGCAGUGGGCAGAGCUUCCAAUCCCCAAUGCAGACGUUAGCGAUCAGUCGCUGAUCGUAGUUGGUGCUAAUGUCGGGCUCGGAUACGAAGCCGCUGUCCAUUUAGCCCAACUAAAGCCUAAGAGCCUGUUGAUUACCAGCAGAGACGAAAUCAAGUGCGAAAAAUCUAAAGCAGAUGUGGAGGCUCGGUCUGGCAUGAGUGCCAUCGAAUGCUGGCCUCUUGAGUUGUGCUCAUUCGAUUCAGUUCGCUCUUUUGUGGAUAAUUUUGAAGCGAAGGGCUGCACAGCCAAUGCUCUCAUCGCCAAUGCCGGCAUAUCGACGCUGCAGUACACGACCACUCCGGAUGGCUAUGAAACUACAUUUCAAGUGAAUUACCUGUCGACCGCUCUGUUGAGCCUAUUGAUGCUGCCUCACCUCAUUAAGGCAGGGACUCCUGAACGUGCCUCGAGACUGGUUAUUGUGUCUAGCGAGUUUCAUUUUUUAGCCAACAGACUAAAAGGGGCAGACAAAUGGCCUAGUAUUAUCGAAACAAUCAACGAUAAGGCAUACUGUACCUCUAGUGUAAUGUUGAAUCGCUACUCUCUAACCAAGCUCCUCGAAGUGAUGUUCGCUCGUGAGCUGUCUUCUCGACUUGCCACACCAACUUUGGUUGCAGUUUCGACGGUCAAUCCUGGUUCUUGCCACUCCCGUCUUACGCGAGACAUCGAAUCAAAUCCACUCUUCAAAUUUCUCGUGAAAACUUACAAAGGGUUGGUGGCACGCACAACUGAGAUGGGCAGUCGGACACUUGUUCAUGCGGCAAUUGAGCUAGAUGAGCGGGAACGGCAUGGCCACUAUCUGUCUAGCUGCGAAAUUGCCGAAGUGAGUGAUUAUACUCUCAGUGCGGAAGGAAGGGAGGUUUCGAAACGUUUGUGGCAUGAGACCCUUCAGAUCCUUGGAGACAUCGAUCCAAGAGUCAACACAAUUGUGUCUGAGCACCUCACUCAGACCAUAGCAUGAUUUGACUGUUAUUCACUGAUUCAUUAUGCGAUAUGUACCGCCACCAUAUAUCGUGCUAUAUAAUUUGUAUUCAGAUCACCUGGGUAUCUGUGGAAGUAUUUUUUUUUUUGAAUCCUUGUUUAUUGUCCUGUGAGGAGUUCUUCGCCAUCCAUUGUCACUAAAAGGUGGCGAGAAAGAACUUAUUUUACUAAUUUACCAAUCUUGAUAACGAUAUGGUGAUGCUUGUAUGUGGACCAAGGACGUUAUGGUCUGCUCCAGGGACUACUGACUUGUGAUUGUGGGCUUCAG